ACACCGUACCUAUAUAAAUACUUGUAGAACCCCACAAAAAUUAAACCACGAAAAUCCCAAAAAAUUUGAAGUGUAGUUGAAAGAAAUUAAAUGGAGAGGAGUUGUUUGGAAAGUGGAGGAAUCCCAGAGCUUGAUCCGUACCAAUAUCAAUAUGCAGCUGAUCAUUUUGGGUUGAUAGAUUUCAUGGAUGAGGCGAUUUUCGACCAGUUUAUCGAUCUCAUUCGUGGCGAAAACGAGAACGAGACGGUGGCCAACUUCGCAGCUCAUCAAGGCUACGAUUUCCAUGGCCAGUUUUUCUCAGAAGCUCCGCCGGCCGAGUUGCUUGAUUUCGAUGGCCUGAUGGGCCAUAAUGCCAUUGAUACUGAUGUAAACAAUGACUUGGGUUUUCUGAAUGCAUGUGUGAAGAAUGUGAGUGAGGAGGGUGUAAUGGAUGUGGAGGAGUCGUCCGGCACAACCACCACCACAGGCACCGGCACCUGCAGCAAGAGGGCAAAUAAGAAGAAUAGUAGUAAGGUUGAUAGAUCGAGAACGUUGAUUUCAGAGCGGAGGAGGAGAGGAAGAAUGAAGGAAAAGCUCUAUGCAUUGCGCUCCUUGGUUCCUACUAUCACUAAGAUGGAUAAAGCUUCGAUAGUGGGAGACGCGGUGUUGUACGUGAGAGACUUGCAAAUGCAAGUGAAGAAGCUCAAAUCCGAGAUCAGCAGUCUGGGAGGAGGAGCUACUCAUGUCCAGUCGUCAUAUCAAGGAAGAACCGAUGGCAGCAAUGGGAAGAACAAUAUCAUGAGUUUCUAUCCUGUAAUCAAGAAGAUUUUUAAGAUGGAGGUGUUUGAAGUAGAGAAAAGAGGGUUUUACGUGAGAGUAGUCUCCAACAAAGGGAGAGGCAUCGCUGCUCUCCUUUACAAGGCUCUUGAAUCCCUUACAACCUUCACCCUUGCCACCUCUAAUUUGGCUGCUUCUGCUCAUAACUAUGUGUUCACCUUCACUUUGCAUAUUACACAAGGGGAGAUGGACAUAAACAUACAAAAUAUGGAGCUGUUGAUUGCUACCGUUUUUCUUAAGCAAGGGUUUGAGAUGGAGACGUCUCAAUCUGCAUAAAUGCCAAGUGAUCCUAAUCCAGACCCAAUUUGGUCCAACCUAAAAAUUAAUUAUAUGAUAAGUGCAAUACACUUGUGAUGUGAUUAGCGUAUAAUUAAAAAAAAUGAUUAAUCACAUCACAAGUGUAUCAUGCUUGUUCUGUAAUUAAUUCGAUUUGAUGAAACCUGAUUUAGAGAAGAAUUUUCUUAAAUUGGAGUUAUAUAUUUCAGUGAAAUACGGCAAAAAGGGAAUCCAUGUGUGUAAUUAUUUUUGUUCAGACAUGGAUGUAUGUACAAGUCCUACAAAUCUUAAUUUAGAUUUGCAAAUAAAAUUUUUCUCAAUGUUACGGUGCAUGUUA